AUGUCCGUUGCUAGCCGAAUUAUUGAAGGUACAUUAACAUAUGAUGAAUCAUUAAUAACGAUCGAAGCAUAUGCCAUUGAAGGAGUACAAACAUCAACAUCACCUAUACAAGUAUUAGCUGAUAAAAUUGCAGGUUAUAUUGUUUCUAUUAUUGUUGAUUUUUCAUGUUUUACAUUAAUCUACUGGAUUAUUAUUGAUUAUACUCAUUUUAAUCAUAUAGAAAAAGAUUCAAUGUAUCAUCAUUCUAUGAUGGGGCAUAGUCAACAAAAGAAACUAAGUCGAAUAGAAUCUGCAUUUGAACUAGUUUUUCGUUUUACUGACACGAUUCUUUCAAUUGUUUGUUCUCGUACUCUUGGAUUUGCAACAUCAACAAUUGUUAUGGUUAAUACAAUUAUUGGUAUGAUUGCAAGACCUAAACGUAUAAAAUUUAGAGCAUCAUUGAUAAUCUUUACUCUACAAUCGAUGGAUUUUAGUCUCUUACUUGUUACUGAUGAUAAUGUUACAACUGUUCAUGAUAUAGCUACACAAGUUAGUAAAUAUAAAAAAAGCAUAUACUGAAGUUUAACCUAUACAAAAACAACGUUUUAUUGCUAUUUUAAAAGAAAAUAUCAUAAACUAGAUAUGCUAUUGACGUAUAUAUGACAAUCAUGAAUUUAUUUUUAGUCAAUGAAAAAAAAAGAAAAAAUAUUAAUGUUCAUGGUAGAAUUGAUAAUCUUGAAUAAACACCAAAUGAUUCAUUUAUUUCAAGUUUACAUGUACACUAAAAUAAAAUUUGUCGCAUGUGUCACACUUAUUAUGUGUCAGAUCUCUUGCAUUCUCCGCUUGCCAGCAUAUAACAACCAGCAGAAGCGCAAGAGAUGCGACACAUUUUAUUUUAGUGUAUGAUAAUUGUUUAGCACAGAUCUUUUCUAGUGCUACAUUAACUAUAAAACACUAAGCAUCACAUUGAUUUAUUAUUAUAAAAAAAAAGCAACAUUAUUACUUAAACAGACCUUGCAGCGGUCCUGAUUUUUGGUGCUUUUCGAAACUAAGUAAUUUCUCUUGAGAAUUUCGGUUUAGUCUCAGCGGAGACGUUUCAGAAAUUCUGUCUCUUGAUGAACUGAAAAAUGUCGGUGAAUAUAUGGCAAAAUUCAUCUUUUUAUUACAAAAUUCCUAUAGAAUCUUGUGUUAUUAUUCAGUAACAAAAAAAAAAAGAAUAAACAAACACAAGUUAGUUAGUAGAUCUGAAAUUUGAGAGUCCGAUGAAUCAUUAACUCUUCUCGUUAGAUUGCUGUCAACGAAGAUCACGAGAGACCUUCUCAAGGUGUUCCCUUGCUUUUGAUAUGACAUUUUGGCUAUAUGUUGGAGUCUCUAGACUCGAAUAACCUUAAGUUGGCUCAUUUGUCUGAGCAUUUGGGGCUGAAUUAUUAUGGAUUCUAGACUUAUGACAUCAGAUUAUCUGCAACAGCAAAUAUGCGGUUUUGACUUGAAAUUUUGUCUAUAAAUAAAUCUAAUAACCACUAGGAUACCUAAAAAGGUUCAGAUACAACGAAUGCAUCCUUGAGAUAUUUAGUUUUCAAAAGCCGUCUAUUUCUCAGAAAAAAAUUCACAAAAAUCGAAAUAUUUUUGAUAUUCAACAUGGUAAGAAGGAUGCUCUCGUUUUGUCUGAAACUUUUAAAGUAUCUUAGUGGCGAGUAUAUUUAUUCAUAAACAAAAUUUCACUUCGAAAUCCGCAUAUUUGCUGUUGCAGAUAACCUGAUGUCAUAGGUCCAAAAUCCAAUAAAAUGGUCAUAACUCACCCUCAAAGGCUCAGGUAAGCAAGCUAACUUACGAUUAUUCGAGUCUAGUCCAGCGGAAAUCGUUGGGACAUCAUGAUGAUGUCCCAACAAUAUCCGCUUGAAACUGACGAUUUCUUCUGAUACUUGACCUUCUAGGACGAAAUAUAUGCUGAUUUUACAAUUACCCAACGACGAACUAAAAAUCAUCACACUAUUUCAGCGUUUUUGUUUUAUCAUUUCGUGCUUUGUUUAAUUGUUACAUUAAGACUUAAGCUAGCUAUGUUACAUGAAUGUUAUGUUUUCAAAACACUGAGACAAUGGAUGGACGAUUUCCAAUUAAAAUUGUAUGGUUACUGGUUUUGCGCAGGAAAUGGUACGAUUUCCCAUUUCAAGGAUGUUGUCAACUGCUGGAAUAAAAUAGAGAAUGAAUUCCAUUUGACAUUUCGUAAUUUCUAUUGCGAAGUGAUGUGCAUUUUCGAUGAAUAGUGCCUAUAUGUUGGGAAUCCUAAU